AUGGCCCGUUUAUUGACCCAUCGUCAAGCUGAAGAGCUGCACAAAUCCAUUAUAGCAUAUUUAUCAGCAAAUGAGCUUCCAGAGACUGCUGCUAUACUGAGGAGCGAAUUGGGCAUUGCAGAACACGACUUUGAUGCAACUGCAGUGAAAAAAUACGAAACACUGUUAGAGAAGAAAUGGACUAGCAAUAUUAUGGACCUCGACUCCCGAAACGCAGCUUUGCAAUUUGAACUUGACAAUCUGACCCCUAACUCCCUCCUCACACGCAAUCGAGACCCAAAGUCUUGGCUUCCUCAACACCCCCGGUAUUCACUGCACUCCCAUCGCAAUACUAUCAAUUGUAUUGCUUUUCAUCCCAAAUAUUCCUCUAUUGCCUCCGGAUCCGACGAUUUCACGAUUAAGAUAUGGGAUUGGGAACUUGGGGAGUUGGAGAUGACACUCAAAGGCCAUACAAGAGCAGUUCGUGGUCUUGAUUAUGGCUGCCCUCCCGGGGCUGUUGGCGUCCUUCUAGCCUCCUGCAGUUCCGAUCUUACCAUCAAGUUGUGGAAUCCAGCGGAUGGAUAUAAGAAUAUUCGGACUUUACAAGGACAUGACCAUAUUGUUAGCGCCGUCCGUUUCAUACCAAAUGGGAGCUUGCUUGCUAGCGCAAGUAAGGAUAUGGACAUAAGGCUAUGGGAUGUAACUAAUGGGUGUUGUGUGAAGACGAUACAAGGCCACACUGGCUGGGUGCGAGAUGUUUGUCCGUCUCUCGACGGGAGGUUUCUCCUUUCUACUGGGGAUGACAUGACUGUUCGUUUAUGGAACAUUACGGCGAAACCAGAAAACAAGUUGACAUUAAGCGGUCAUGAAAACUUCAAUGAGUGUUGCGUGAUUGCUCCACCGACCUCAUACCGGUACCUUGCUCUAUUAGCCGGGUUGAAAGUCUCACCUACGGGAAGUACGACUGAUUUUUUUGCAACUGGAUCGCGUGACAAGACUAUCAAACUCUGGGACGCCCGCGGCGCUUGCCUCAUGACGUUGGUUUGGCAUGAUAACUGGGUACGAGCAAUUGUUUUCCACCCUGGAGGCCGAUAUCUCCUUUCUGUCUCCGAUGACAACACAUUACGUUGUUGGGACUUAAGCCAAGGAGGAAAAUGUGUCAAGACGCUUAGGGAUGCCCAUGGAAGUUUCAUUACCUGUUUGAGGUGGGCUCCAGGGAUCCUCAAAGACCCCCCCACGGAUGCUGUUAGUGCUCCUGUGAGACAGGCCUUGGAAGACACUAAGGCAUAUGGAGAAAAUUCGUCUGAUGUGCAGAUCCGGUGUGUCAUUGCUACAGGUAGUGUUGACCAGAAAUUGCAGAUAUUUGCGGGCUAA